AUGGAGAAGAUCGUCAACGAGGAAAAGUAUACAGCCGUUGAGAUUGGCAAGUACAGUGAACUCGAAAAGUAUGAGCACAGCAAGGCUUUCUUACAUGAUGCCCUUAAUUUAUCUUCAAUGGAAAUUUCCUUCACAAAAUACAAAUCAGGAGAGGCAAUUCCAUUCUUCCAUGACCAUAAGAACCACGAAGAAGUUUAUGUCGUCAUCUCUGGCUCUGGCGAAAUGCAGCUUGAUGAAAAGAUCAUCCCAAUGAAGGAGGGAACAUCAAUCAGAGUUGCUCCAGGUGUUUCCAGAAACUUGAAGAACACAGGUGAAACAGAUAUGAUCGUUAUGUGCGCUCAGGCUGAGAAAGAUUCUCUCAAGACUCCACUCAAUGAAGAUUACAAAGACAGAAUUAAAGUUCACAAAGUAAAUAGUUAUUAUUUGUCAUUGACUAAAGCUCAAGUUAAUAAAUUUUUACGAAAUUUUUCAUAUUUUUUGAUGACAUUGCAAGAACUUAAAGCUAAAAUUAAUGCAAUAUUGAGAUACAAGUUUUUGUCCCCUAAUUUAUGUUUACACUCAGGACUAGAAACCAGGAAAAAUUCAAAGCACAAAUAA